GAAUUGUGGGUACUGUCAUGGGCGCUCACACCGAGCAACAAGCGAGCAAACGAUUUUGUUGUUGUCACUAACCAGUAUACCAUUUUAGAAAUUGAACUUGGCAUUUUAACGUAAACUGUUGACUUGCUAAGUAGUCAAUAUGGCCUCUACUGCUGCUGGAAAACAGCGGAUACCAAAGGUGGCUAAGGUGAAGAACAAAGCCCCAGCAGAUGUGCAGAUUACAGCUGAGCAGCUGCUGAGAGAAGCCAAAGAAAGGGAGCUUGAACUUCUGCCACCACCUCCGAAACAGAAGAUCACCAAUGCAGAGGAGCUAAAUGAUUACAAACUGAGGAAGAGGAAGGCGUUUGAGGACAACAUCAGAAAGAACCGCACAAUCAUCAGUAACUGGAUUAAGUACGCACAAUGGGAAGAAAGCCAGAAAGAGGUCCAAAGGGCGCGCUCCAUUUACGAACGAGCGCUGGAUGUCGAUCACCGCAACAUCACGCUGUGGCUAAAGUAUGCAGAGAUGGAGAUGAAAAACCGCCAGGUGAAUCACGCCCGCAACAUCUGGGACAGAGCCAUCACCAUCCUUCCUCGAGUCAACCAGUUUUGGUACAAGUACACAUACAUGGAGGAGAUGUUGGGUAACGUUGCCGGCUGCAGGCAGGCGUUUGAGCGCUGGAUGGAGUGGGAGCCUGAUGAACAGGCCUGGCACUCUUACAUCAAUUUUGAACUUCGCUACAAGGAGGUGGACAAAGCCCGCACCAUUUAUGAGCGAUUUGUGAUGGUUCACCCUGAAGUGAAGAACUGGAUCAAGUAUGCCCGCUUUGAAGAGAAACAUGGCUACAUUGCUCAUAGCAGGAAGGUGUACGAAAGAGCAGCGGAGUUCUAUGGAGAGGAUCACGUCAACGAAAACCUCUUUGUGGCUUUUGCCAAAUUUGAGGAGAUGCAGAAGGAGUUCGAGCGGGUUCGAGUCAUUUAUAAGUAUGCGUUGGACAAGAUUCCGAAAAAUCAAGCGCAGGAACUCUUCAAAAACUACACCAUGUUUGAGAAGAAGUUUGGAGACCGCAGGGGGAUUGAGGAUGUGAUCAUCAACAAACGAAGAUUUCAGUAUGAAGAGGAGGUCAAGGCAAACCCACUCAACUAUGAUGCCUGGUUUGAUUACCUGCGCCUGGUGGAGAGCGAUGGAGACCCUGACACGGUCAGAGAUGUUUAUGAGAGAGCCAUCGCCAACAUCCCUCCCAUUCAAGAGAAAAGGCACUGGAGGCGAUACAUCUACCUCUGGAUCAACUAUGCUCUGUACGAAGAACUAGAAGUCAAGGAUCCAGAGAGAACUAGGCAGGUUUACCAGGCCUGUCUGGAUCUUAUGCCUCACAAAAAGUUCACGUUUGCCAAGAUCUGGCUUCUCUUCGCCCAGUUUGAGAUCAGACAGAAGAAUCUGCAGGCAGCUAGAAAGAUUAUGGGCACAGCCAUUGGUAAAUGCCCCAAGAACAAACUGCUGAAGGGCUACAUUGAACUGGAGCUGCAGCUGCGAGAAUUUGACCGCUGCAGGAAACUCUACGAGAAGUACCUGGAGUUUAGUCCGGAAAACUGCACCACGUGGAUCAAGUUUGCAGAGCUGGAGACAAUCCUGGGAGACGUGGAAAGAUCCCGAGCGAUCUUUGAGCUCGCGAUUGGACAGCCACGACUGGACAUGCCAGAGGUUCUGUGGAAAUCUUACAUAGACUUUGAAAUAGAGCAGGAAGAGUUUGAAAACACAAGAAACCUUUACAAACGGUUGCUGCAGAGAACUCAACAUGUCAAGGUUUGGAUUAGCUAUGCCAAAUUCGAGCUGUCAGUCGAUGGACCUGACCGGCUGGCGAAGUGUCGGCAGAUCUUCGAGGAAGCCAACAAGAGCAUGAGGAACUGUGAGGAGAAAGAAGAGAGGCUGAUGCUGCUGGAGUCCUGGAGAGACUAUGAGAAGGAGUUUGGCUCAGACAGCAGCAGAGAACGAGUUAGUAAGCUGCUGCCCGAGAAGGUCAAGAAGAGGAGGAAGCUGACCGCUGAAGAUGGGUCGGAUGCAGGCUGGGAAGAAUACUACGAUUACAUCUUCCCAGAGGAUGCUGCCAACCAGCCCAACCUUAAGCUGCUCGCGAUGGCCAAGAUGUGGAAGAGGCAGCAGAUAAACACCGACGAGCCUCAAGAAAAAGGUCGGAGUGUUGAAGAGGCAACAUCAGUGGAGGCUGAGGAGACGGGCCUCGCCGACAAGCAGGCAGAGGAGGAGCCUGCCAGAAACAUGACUGAAUCCGAGCAGGAGAAAACGUAUGAUGACCGAGACGACGAGGACAGCAGCAGCAGCAGUGAUAGUGAUGAAGAUGAGGAAGCAAAGAAGAAGCAGAGCAAAAGCCCUCAGGAGGACAAAGAUUAGAUUCAGUCAAAGCAGGCAGGGAUUUUCUACAUUUUUUUAAAAAACUCAGCUCACGAGCCAUCUUUAUUGCAACUUUUCUCUGUGUCGUUACACCGCUUAGACUCAUUUGUGUGUUUUCUCAACUGACUUUCUUUCAAAUUUAUAAGAAAUAAAAACUAAAAACUGCAA